AAAAAGCUACAUUUGCUGGAGUUCAGACUGAAGACUGGGGCCAGUUCAUGCAUAUCUGUGAUGUCAUCAACACCUCCCAAGAUGGGCCAAAAGAUGCAGUGAAAGCUUUGAAGAAAAGGAUUUCCAAAAACUACAACCAUAAAGAAAUCCAACUUACUUUGUCACUUAUUGACAUGUGCAUGCAGAACUGUGGUCCAAGUUUCCAAUCUCUGAUUGCAAAGAAGGAGUUCGUGAAAGAUUGUCUAGUUAAGCUGCUGAAUCCCAAAUACAACUUGCCAUUAGACACUCAGAAUAAAAUCUUGAAUUUCAUUAAGACUUGGUCACAGGGCUUCCCGGGAGGUGUGGAUGUAAGUGAGGUGAAGGAAGUGUAUCUUGACCUGCUUAAGAGAGGUGUGCAGUUUCCUCCUUCAGAUGCAGAGGCGGAAACAACAAGACCAGAGACUGCUCCGAUCCCGUCUAAUCCACCAACAUCUGUUCCUACGGCACCGGCCCUUCCUUCUGUAGUCUUCCCUAAGAACUCAACCAUUACGUUGGUCCCAGAACAGAUCGGAAAACUGCACAGUGAGCUGGAUAUGGUGAAAAUGAAUGUGAGCGUGAUGUUCACCAUAUUAUUGGAGAUUACCCCCGGGUCUGAAAACCAGGAAGACGUACAGCUUCUUCAGGAGCUUUAUAAGACGUGCCGAGAGAUGCAGGAGAGGAUCAUGGACCUACUGGCAGUAGUGGAGAAUGAAGAUGUAACUGUUGAGCUAAUUAAAGUAAAUGAGGAUUUGAAUAAUGCCCUCCUUGGAUAUGAGAGAUUCACUCGAAACCAACAAAGGAUUGUGGAGCAAAACGAGAACCAGGAGGAAGCUGCCAAUACGGCCAGUGGACCUUCUGCCCCAUCCUGUGAUCUCCUGGACCUCACCUCCAGUCAUCCAACUCCUGAGGGCCCUCGGGGAGAACUCAACACCGUCAAUGCUCAACUUUCAGACUUAAGUUUUCGAUCUCCAACUCCUGUUUUAACAAACAACAUGAACCCCAGUCGUCAUCCACAGGUGGAUUUGCUAGCCUCAGAAAACACAGAAACACCCCUGUUUCCCCAGAGGACCGGCCAAAACCUCGCUUCAGGUCAUACAUAUGACAAUCUUCCCGAAGAUUCAUACUCAUUAUUACUUCAGCCGAUCAGUCCACAGAGCAGCCCAGCAACAUCAUCAAACCCGAACCUGCCGCCCUUGCCCAGCAAUCAUCCAGCAAUGACAAAGAAUGAUCUUCAGCCACCCAAUUACUAUGAGCUCAUGGAGUUUGAUCCCUUAGCUCCUGCUGUCACUACUGAAGCUAUUUAUGAAGAAAUUGAUGUUCAUCGCCACAAAAGAGAGUCAAGUCAUACUGACUGUUGAGGUGAAAAUGGACCAGCUCACAAGCUGCAUCAAAAGUGCCAACUCGUAAACACUAGACUGACCCUGCCCGACUCUGAAUCCUGGAAGACAAGACCUACAUCGUAGCUGUGGUGGAUGCUGAGACACUUCUCCUGCAGUACAGAAGUUUAAAUACAAGAGUAGUAAUUGCAGGGUAACAUAUAUGGUUCUGGGGAACUGCUUAAAAUUUAUCUCAAAAGAGCCUAUUAUUAUAUUCAACCAUCUGCUUUAAUUUCAGGGGCUUAGGUUUUUCAGGUCCUUCCUACAUUUAGAAAAGAAAUCUUACUUCUGAAUAGAUGUUAAACAUAAAAUGUGAGAAAACUAAAAUGUGAUAGGAAGAAUACAGAGUGCCUUCAUUUAAAGUUGAAUGUAAAAGUCAAUUUGCACUUUUUUAUAAUACUCUUUAGAAAUUUGAAUUGCCUUUAAAAGUUGUUCUUUAUAAUACUAAAUAUUCUUUUUCUCUUUUUACUGUAAUCUAACAUUUCUAUUUAGACUGGAAAACCUUCAAAAUAAAUUGUGUACGGGUUUAUGUAAAUCAACAGUGACAAGUAAAUUACUAUUAAAAUAA